AUUUGCACUCGUAUUGUGACAGUUUAUUCAAUGUACAUACGGAAAUAGGAUAUCAGUAUGACAGCUGCACAAAUCAGGCAUAUACCCGUUACAUGAGGCACCAUCGAGGAUUAGAAGAUAGACAAAGCUUCUUACUGAAUACACCAUCGCUGAAUACAGAUAUAAGAAACAACACGUGAAUUUUGAGCGGCCUAACAUUCUUAUCGCAUUCAUAGUGUAAUUGGGUUAUUAAGUAUUUCGACAUGUUUCUGAAUAUAUUAACGAAAGGAAGAUGUUGUUCCCGAAACAAAAGAACGUUUCCAUGUGGCAAAAUCCUGCAAGAUCAUGCCUCCAAGAUCAAGAACAACAUUAUUCUUAUGGGAAGUCCCGGAUGUGGAAAAACGACUGUUGGGCGGAUUCUGGCGACGGCGUUAGGACGACCUGUCCUAGAUAUAGACGACGAUCAUCUGGAACCUCACUGGGGAAUGCCUGUCGCUCAGAAACUAGAUGAGGUUGGAUCAGAUGGUUUUGUUGAAGCCGAGGGACAAGCACUUACAGCUCUCCGGGCAGACAACUGUGUGGUGUCGUUGACGGGUUCGAACCCCAUGCACGAUGCUGGAAUGUCGCACGUGACAAGGACAGGUACGGUAGUGUUUUUAGAUGUUCAUAUGACGGAUAUAUUGGAGAGACUAGAACGGAUGAAAGUCAAUAGAAUUGUCGGUCAGAACGACGGGACCGAUAUGGCAGAUAUCCUAAAAUAUAGACAACAGUUCUAUGAGAAAUGGUAUGAUACCAGGGUAAUAUGUGAACGAAACGAGAGCCCUCAGAGUAUUGCUGAUAAGGUCAUAGCACGGCUUCGGAAGGCCGAUGCAAAAGAGGGGUAUGUGUCGACGCGGGGUUUACAUAUGGGAAACAAAGGGUUCAAUGACGUUCUUCUACAAGGUCUCGCGCCAGACGGAGGCCUAAUUGUCCCGCAAAAUGAGUUUCCAAAAAUGUCUCUCGGUCAGUUGGCCAGAUUGGUUGAUCUCUCGUACCCAGAGAGAGCCGUCCGUAUACUAGAGCAGUGGAUUGACCACAGGGAUCUGCACCCUGAAGUUUUAAAAAGUGCUAUAAAUAAAGCAUACAACAAGGAAACGUUUGAAAGUGACACCAUAUGUCCGGUUCGUCAUCUCGAAGGAGACCAGUUUAUACAGGAACUUUUCCACGGACCAACAGCGUCAUUCAAAGAUGUCGCCCUUCAGUUGAUGCCACAGUUGUUUAUGAAUGCUGUGAUCGAAGGAAAAUCUUCCCAGAAAUACUUGAUUUUGGUGGCUACAUCUGGAGAUACCGGAGGGGCUGUUCUUGACGGCUUCACCAGACAUGCAAGAAACUCGCGAGCAAAGACUGGGUUGUUGAUUCUGUAUCCACUGAAUGGGAUCAGCGACAUACAGAGGGAUCAAAUGAUUUCAUAUAACAGUGACAUAGCAAGAGUUGUAGGAGUUUCUGGAAGUGAUUUUGACUUUUGCCAAACCAAUGUAAAGAAAGUAUUUGGAGAUGAAGAUCUCGCACAGAAACUGCAACAUGAGCACAGCUUAAGAAUAAGCGCAGCAAAUUCAAUCAGCUGGGGUAGGUUGCUGCCACAAGUUGUAUAUCACGUGACGUCUUACCUUGAUCUUGUUAAGCAGAAGGUCAUCAACUUGGGAGACGAGAUCGACCUUUGUGUGCCAACCGGAAAUUUCGGAAAUAUUCUUGCAGCAUACUAUGCAAAGGGUAUGGGAGUACCAUUCAAGAAACUUAUUUGUGCUUCCAAUACUAACAACGUGGUUACGGACUUUAUCACUAGCGGUUGUUAUGACAUCACAAGCAGACGACUGCUGCAGACGAUAUCCCCCGCCAUUGAUAUUUUAGUGUCCUCUAACCUGGAACGCCUUCUUUAUAGCAUAUCCGACAACGAUUCUUCCAUUACAAGCAAUGCAUUUACACAGCUGCGAGACAGACGAAAAUUUGAGGUUCCUAUGCAUAUAUUAGAGAAUAUUCGAAACACCUUCCAUGCAGACUGGUGUUCUGAAGAAGACUGUGCAAAGAGCAUGCGCAAAACGCUGAAAACUUCCGAUUAUCUGCUAGACCCUCACACAAGUGUCGCGAAGGCGGUUGCAGACGGGUUUAAAUCGGAAAGACCGAUGGUGAUAGCGGCUACUGCACAUCCGGGCAAGUUCGCGCAUGACGUAUUGAAGAUCUUUGGCAGCGCAACAAACAAAAUGGCGCCCACGGAGAUGCUCCAUGCGUUAGGAAACAUUUCCGCAAGACCUGCAGUCCACCAAUCUUUGCUGAAUACUUUGAAGAAACAAACAGGAGAACGAAUUGUUUGUGAUGCUAGCUAUGACUCUGUAAUAAAACAAAUCGAAUGUUUUGUUGAUAAAAUAUAACACGGAGCUUGAUGUAUCACAGUUUACAGGGGCCAUGAUGUUAUACUUUUUACUUCAAGUGCCAAUACCAUUCAUGCCUUUCUCAAUAUUCACCUUAAUGUCGACUUUAGACUUUUAAACUGACUUUAGUCUAUGGAGUAGGUAUUAUACAUAUUUUGAAACAUAUUUGAUUUCAUAUGUGUUUUAUAGACUAACCCUCUCUUAUGUCUGACAUUUUAAUCUUGUAAUAUUCAAGACAUUUGGUUUUAUAUUUAAUGUGUUGAUCACGCAAAUGCAGUAUUAUAAGUACAUUGUGUCAGUAAAAUAGCUGAAUAUUGGAGCAUAUUAUACCAUCACAAUAAAUUGUUGAAUUCUUUUACAUCAUCA